AUAAAUGAAAUAACGAUGCAUCGGAAAUCUAGUGUCUCACGUACCAUAACUGCGGAAACAAUGGCUGGACUAAAACGCAUCGCUUUAAUUAUUAUUGCUAUAAGCAGUAGCACACUAAUGUGCGUCCUCGCAGAUGAAGAUCUCUAUUCUGCAGUGUUAAAUCACCUCGAUGUUCGAGCUAUUCUUCAAAACAACGAUUUACGAGAAAAAUAUUACAACUGCUAUAUGGAAAUAGGACCGUGCACACCAGAACAGAUAAAGAUGGGAGAGGUAUUCAGUGACGUUUACCAAACUAAAUGUAAAAAAUGUACUACAAAGCAAAAAGAAAAUAUGGACAUGAUAACCGAUUGGUACGUAACAAAUCAACCAGACAAAUGGCAACUAAUAGUUGAGAAGACUCUAAACAAUUUAAAGAAAAAGAACGCAGAUCAAUAACUACUGGCAAAAUCAUCUAAUGGCUCUUCUAAUACGUGUUAUUCUCAAAUCUUUCCAAUUAAUAGAUGUAAAUAUAAUUAAUUUAUAAUAUGAGAAUUCAAAUACUACUUAUGGGGUUACGGGUACAGUUUGUAAAAAUUAUUUUGACUAACAUGCAAUUUGUAUUAUAUAUUAAAAACAAAAUAUGUACUCUUAUAAAAAAUAAACAAUAAUUUUUUGCAC